AUGCUUAUCUCGCCCGUCUCUGUUUCAGGAGUUACGAUGCAUGGGCUGAGUCACCUACAAACCGGCUCAACCCUGGAGGCGCUCACGCAGGCCACGAUCAUCCUCAUCCUAGCGGUCGCCAUUGUCAUCUCGAACCUCAUCGUAGUUGCCACAUAUCUUAACUUUAAGGGUCCCCAUGAGGUUAUAAACUAUUAUCUACUCUCGCUAGCGGUGGCCGAUCUGCUGUGCGGCCUGUUCAUCGUGUCGCUCUCGGUAUAUCCCGCAUUCAGUGGAGAAUGGAUUUACGGCGACGUGGUGUGCCGGAUGGUCGGCUACCUCGAGGUAACGCUCUGGUCGAUCUCGGUGUACACCUUUAUGUGGAUCUCGGUCGAUCGCUAUCUGGCAGUGCGGAAGCCACUGCGGUACGAAACGAUCCAAACCAAAACCAGAUGCCAAUGCUGGAUGGCGUUCACGUGGAUCUCGGCAGCCAUGCUUUGCUGUCCACCGCUGCUCGGCUACAACGAGGCCAACUACAGUAAAACCACCAACAUCUGUAUGCUCGAGUGGGGCAACAUGGCGGCUUAUAGCGCAACGCUGGCAAUCCUAGUCCUGGGGCCGAGUGUCAUCUCGAUCGUCUACAACUACGGCUACAUCUUCACGAUGAUGCGCAAAGUGCGAUCGGGAGCACCGAUCCACGAUAAGGAGUACGCCACGGCGCUCGCCGAGAACCUAGCGAACCCCAGUCACUGUAUGUCGUUCGCAUUGGUGUUUUCCUUCUGGAUCUCGUGGGCACCGUACAUUGGGCUGCGCAUCUACGAGCUGGUCAGCGGGGAAACGAUCGACAAUCCGCUGCUACACUUCGGUGCCGUCUGGAUCGGCAUCCUCAACUCGUUCUGGAAGAUCAUCAUCAUGACGAGCAUGUCGCAACAGUUCCGGCUGCUCGUCCGGUUGCUCUUCCUCACCAUCUGCUGCAAGACGAAGGGCCGGCUGCAGGCCGAACUGAUCGGGCUCGAUCCGGACGACUAA